AACAACAAAAUAUUUGUUGGAUUUCGCUUUACAUUUGCAUUUCAUCUUCUGCUUGGAGUAAAUUAUUUCCAAAAUUUGUCAUGAAUGAUCCUAACAGAAAAAUUGUAAUAGACAAAUCAUCGCUUCUCAGUUUGAAAGCGGAAUUGCUGCGAAAGCAGGAGGAAGUAAGCCGUGCUAAAGCAUCCAAUUCGAUUGAUGAUUUUGUUCCGAAAAAAGUUCCCAAGCCGGAGAAGUCAUCUGGGAAUGGCGCAAAGGAUAGCAAUAAAACAAAUGCAUCGGAAAAAGACGGAAAAAUGGUCGAAUUGGAAGAUUCGGCAGCAUUAGAGCGUUCGAAACGAGUUCUGAAAGCAAAAGCCCGUUACUACGAUCGCAUGGUGGCUUCGGGUGGGUCACUGAAUAGUGACGAAAAUUGUCUGGUGAUGUUCAACCACAAGAAACAAUCAGAUAGACCACCUCCUCUCAGUGAUGAAGCGGCAAGUUCCGAUGAAUCGUAUAUUUCGUCGGAUGAGGAGAGCCACAGAAAAGAGCAAAACAGGGACUGGGUGGAAUUCGUUGAUUUCCUUGGACGUAGCCGCAAGUGUCGUAGAGAAGAGUUGGACGAUUGUAUACGGAAAGAUAAAGAAUUGGCACGAACUACGGGCGAACGGGAAGACGGAGAAGGAGAACACGAAGAAGAUGGCGAAAUCAUCGGACCCAUGCCGUCAGUAGCCAUUACGGAGGACACUAUUGGUGAUCGGUUCCGAGAGAUGCGGCAGCAGUGGGCUAAACAAGAUGCCGAAAAUUUAGAAAAAGAGUCUGUGACUUAUCAAGAUGUGCUGUUUGACGAGGCCCGCCAGCAUGGUGUCGGAUACUAUGCUUUUUCGACAGACCGGGAGGAGCGCACUCGGCAGCAGCACGAGCUGGAUGCAAUUCGAGAAGCUACAAUCGAUGCACAAAAGGAGAAGGAUGAUUUGCGAAAAGCUCGUGACAAGAUAAUUGCCGAUCGGGUGAAAGCGGCCAAGGCAAGGCAGCGUGCUCGACUGGGAUUGCCGCCUGAGGAAGAGGCUGAGGAAACGGAAGACAAAGACGAGGAGCUUUACGAUACUACGGCAGAGAAGAAACGAUUGAAAGCGGAAGCGAAAGCAAAGAGAAGAAAGGAGAGAGAGGAAAGAAAACGAGACCACGAAAGACAGAAACACGUUCGCCCUUGGGACGCUGGCAAAGAGUUGGAUGAACAAUCGGAAUGGAAACCAGCGCGGGAAUGGUACGUUAUGUCUCAGGAAGAAUGGAACGAGAUGAAGCGAAAAGAAAGAAUAAGUGAAUUCGCUCCACCUGUAGAAAAACCCACCGGGUGGGUCGAGUUGGUGAAGAAAAAUCCAUUGCUAAACUCUCCUCGGGACGUUGGAAACGAAGUGAAACCUACUGAAGAGGAAGAGGAAGAGGAUGAUGAUGAAGAGGAACAGAUUGGUCCACUUCCUCCUCAACGAUCCGAUGGCAUUGAGGAGAGAAUGGCAAAUAAUCCACUUUUGACAUCCGCCCGCGCUACACAGCAUGACGUAGAAGAUAUCUUUAUGCCGACAGUGCCCGGGAUGGAAGACCUCAUUUUACCGGAGGAAACAAACAAAACGCUGUUUUUCACCACCAAGAAGAAAGAGUUUAAAAGAAGGAAUUAUGAUGCUUUCGAAAAUCCAACUGGGCCAGAAAAGCAGCAGAAGCUGCAGCAAAAUCCCGAACCAAUACGGAAUGAGCUGAGUGAUGGUUCGGAGGAUGAGCGUGAACAUAAACAGUCUGCAAACAUGGGAGUGCAAAUUCCACCGCCACCCACUUUCGACUAUUAUGGGCCAACAUCAUCGUCAUCGCGAAUAAAACAAAACCAGCGCCAACCACCGGUCACGAAAACUGCUCUGGAAGCAUCAAUUGAAGCUGGUCUGAAAUUUUUGAGGAAUCAGUCAGACAAGGGAGGACCCAGUAUAGCUACUAAGAAUAAAUGGACAAGUAAUGCAGACUAUUGAGAUGGAUAGUGAGUUUGGAAAUGCUUAUUCAAUAAAUAGACUUGCUAAUCGA